GCGAACAUGGCUGAAGACUGUUCGGGCGUCCCAACGUGCAGUGGGAUGGGUGGCCGGCAGGACCCGGUCCCCAGCCCUGGAGGCUGCAAUUUCCCAGAGUACGAGCUUCCCGAGCUAAACACGCGCGCUUUCCACGUGGGCGCCUUUGGGGAGCUAUGGCGGGGCCGUCUGCGCGGGGCCGGAGACUUGUCGCUAAGGGAGCCUCCGGCAUCCUCGCUGCCCGGGAGCCUAGGGUCCGCUGAUUCUGACCUGGAGGAUUCCGCAGUGGCCCGGGAUCUGGGCUGCAGUCUGGAGGCAGCGGCCGAGCUAAGGAUGGUUUGCGGCCUUGAUAAACUGAAAUGCCUUGAAGAAGGUGAGGAUCCAGAAGUUAUUCCAGAGAAUACUGACCUGGUGACUUUGGGGGUUAGAAAGAGGUUCCUGGAACAUCGGGAAGAAACCAUAACGAUAGAUCGUGUUUGCAGACAAGAAAUAUUUGCUUAUGAGAUGGAGUCACAUGCUAUGGGGAAAAAACCUGAAAAUUCAGCCGACAUGAUUGAGGAAGGAGAGCUUAUCCUGUCUGUGAAUAUCUUGUAUCCUGUUAUAUUUCAUAAGCACAAAGAACACAAACCAUACCAGACGAUGCAGGUCCUGGGCAGUCAAAAGCUUACUGAACUGAGGGAUUCGAUUUGCUGUGUCAGUGACCUCCAGAUUGGUGGAGAGUUCAGCAACACUCCUGACCAAGCUCCUGAGCACAUCAGCAAAGACCUAUACAAAUCAGCCUUCUUCUAUUUUGAGGGAACAUUCUACAAUGAUAAAAGAUACCCAGAAUGCAGAGAUUUGAGCAGAACUAUCAUUGAGUGGUCAGAGUCCCAUGAUAGAGGAUAUGGAAAGUUUCAGACAGCUAGAAUGGAAGAUUUUACCUUCAAUGACCUGAAUAUUAAGCUGGGUUUUCCUUACUUAUAUUGUCACCAGGGAGACUGUGAACAUGUUGUUGUCAUUACAGACAUAAGGCUUGUACAUUAUGAUGACUGUCUGGAUAGAACACUUUAUCCCCUUCUUACCAAGAAACACUGGCUAUGGACCAGAAAAUGUUUUGUUUGUAAAAUGUACACAGCUAGAUGGGUGACGAACAGUGACAGUUUUGCACCAGAGGACCCAUGUUUCUUUUGUGAUGUUUGCUUCCGAAUGCUCCACUACGAUUCAGAAGGCAACAAACUGGGGGAAUUCCUUGCUUAUCCUUAUGUUGAUCCUGGAACCUUUAAUUAAAAACAGGUCCAAAUAUUUAGAAAAUGCUAAAUUAUUUCACUUAGUAUUUAUUCCAGAGUAUAUUUAUUUAUUGCUUUUUACUCAUUUUAUCUUGUUGAAGAAGUACUUCAUAUAUUCUGAAUAUAUUAAUCUUUUGUCACAUAAACAAAUUCUGAUUCUUUUCUCCCAAUCCAUGCUUGCCUAUUCAUUCUGUAUCCUGAGUAUUUUUUGCUAAUGCUAGAAUCAAUGAUACAUCAAGCGGUGGAAAUGUUUUGAAAAUUCUUUGAAGAAUGUGAUUGCUACACCUUCUACCAUGAGGCUUCCAAGGUUAUAUUUAAAUUCAGCUGAAUUGUACAUUUCUUUGGAUGGCUGAGAAAAGACAUUUAGAAAUCAAAAACUGAUGAAGCCUGUAAGCCUAUUUCAAAGACUGACAGUGAAGUAUGAUUCAUGGACUAUAUGCCACAUAUACAAUAUUAAGUUGAAUGAUAUGGUGAUGACAAGUA